AGAGCCGUAAAGCGCGGUGUUUUGGGCAGGAGGUCAUUAGAAAGUGAGGACCAGGUUCGGCUGCUGCUGCGGUCAGAGACGUCGCUGCGGGUUUCUGUCUGAUGCCGGUGUUUUCGGGCGAACUUAUCAGUCAACAGCUCCACAUCUGCACCGCUGCACCAUGCUGCGUCUGAUCCUGCGGCUCAGGCCGUCCGCGGGGAGAUCUAGUCCCCGUGUCCUCCGGGCCGGGCCUGCUGCGCCGGGAUCCGGCUCGGUUCCCCGGACCGGCGGCCUGAGGCGGCUCCACGCCGGGGCCGUGACCCGAACCGGGCCCCUGGGGACGGGGUUCGGCCACAGGGCCGCCCUGCUGCGGUGUCACCCGCUGGUGGGUCACGGCCAGCGGUUCUACAGUCUCCCUCCGCACAACAAGGUGGAGCUGCCUUCGCUGUCGCCCACCAUGCAGACGGGCACGAUCGCUCGCUGGGAGAAGAAGGAGGGGGAGAAAAUCAACGAGGGGGAUCUCAUAGCGGAGGUGGAGACGGACAAGGCCACAGUGGGGUUUGAGAUGCUGGAGGAAUGCUAUCUGGCCAAGAUCCUGGUUCCUGAGGGGACCAGAGACAUCGCUGUUGGAGCGGUCAUCUGCAUCACGGUUGACAACCCAGAUCAAAUCGCAGCCUUUAAGGAUGUAACGUUGGACUCGAUCAAAGCCGCUGGUGGUGCUCCUGCUGCUGCUGGCUCCGCCCCGCCUCCCGCCCCAUCUGCUGGUGCUCCGCCUCCCGCCGCCCCGGGCAGCUCGUACCCGGCUCACAUGAAGGUGGCUCUUCCCGCGCUCUCUCCCACCAUGACGGUGGGGACGGUGCAGCGCUGGGAGAAGAAGGUGGGGGAGAAGCUGAGCGAAGGAGAUCUGCUGGCUGAGAUCGAAACCGACAAGGCAACUAUUGGCUUCGAGGUGCAGGAGGAGGGAUAUCUGGCGAAGAUCCUGGUGCAGGAGGGGACUCGCGAUGUUCCUCUGGGAGCGCCGCUCUGCAUCAUCGUGGAGAGGGAGAGUGACAUCGCUGCCUUCAAGGACUACGUGGAGACGGGCGUGGCAGAGGUGUCGGCGCCACCUCCGGCUCCCGCUGCCGCUCCUGCAGCGGCUGCAGCUCCAACGUUUGCCGCUCCCACCCCAGCGGCUGCUGGUCCGGCAGCGCCCAGGAAGGGACGCGUGUUCGCCAGCCCGCUCGCCAAGAAGCUCGCCGCAGACAAGGGAAUUGACCUGGCGCAGGUCAGCGGCUCCGGUCCUGACGGACGCAUCACCCGGAAAGAUAUCGACGGCUUCGUUCCCCCGAGGGCUGCGCCGGCACCGACGGCAGCGGUGGCUCCGACUCUAGCUGCUGCCCCCGCCGCCGCUGCUCCCGCUGGCACCUUCACCGACAUCCCCAUCACCAACAUCCGCAAGGUCAUCGCCCAGCGGCUCAUGCAGUCCAAGCAGACCAUCCCCCACUACUACCUGUCUGUAGACGUCAACAUGGACCAAGUGCUGGAGCUGCGGAGAGAGCUCAACGAGGAGGUGAAGGCGCAGAACAUCAAGCUGAGUGUCAACGACUUCAUCAUCAAAGCCAGCGCUCUGGCCUGCCUCAAGGUCCCCGAGUGCAACUCCUCCUGGCUGGACACGGUCAUCCGCCAGAAUCACGUGGUGGAUGUGAGCGUAGCGGUGAGCACGGCCAGCGGCCUCAUCACCCCCAUCGUGUUCAACGCCCACACGAAAGGCCUGGCCGCCAUCACCUCGGACGUGUCUGCUCUGGCCGCCAGAGCCCGGGACGGCAAACUGCAGCCGCACGAGUUCCAGGGGGGAACGUUCACCAUCUCUAAUCUGGGGAUGUUUGGCGUCAAGAACUUCUCGGCCAUCAUCAACCCGCCUCAGGCCUGCAUCCUCGCCGUGGGCGGCUCCGAGAAGCGGCUGCUGCCGGCCGACAACGAGAAGGGGUUCGACGUGGCCAGCGUGAUGUCGGUGACGCUGAGCUGUGACCACCGGGUGGUGGACGGCGCCGUCGGCGCCCAGUGGCUCGCAGAGUUCAGGAAGUUCCUGGAGAAGCCGGUGACCAUGCUGUUGUGAUGGGACUGCACCGCCACGGCGCGGCAGCUACGGGCGGAGGCCCCUCCCCGCUGGAUCCCACUGGUCCGGAUCCUCCGGCGAGGGGCCGGCCCGCCACCAGCUCACUCCCCGAGGAGGAGAGGCAGACCCCACUCCGCUCACCCAUCUGUCUCCCGCUCGUCUCUCGCUCUUUUUCUUCCUCCUUCUAUUUAUUGUGGCCCAAUCCCAUACGAGACCAGAAUUAGGUUCAAUUUAUCUUAGAGUCGAGGCCGACGGUACGUCGCCUCAAUGUUGUUCUGCAAAGGGAAGUGUUACAUUUUCCUCGUGCGUUGCUUGGACGUGUGUCACAUGACUGUAAAACAGCAGGUCCCCCGAUCGUGGGUUUCAGUCUCGACUAAACCGUUGAGUUGUUGUAGUUUCCAGGGAAGACGAGCUAAAUGUAAGUUAAGAUGCACACAGUCCAGAUCAUCUACACACACACCCCUUUCUAAGGCCACUCGUGCGCACGUUUGAGGCGCUUGGUGCAUCUCCUGUGUGUAUAUUCUUUACUGUGGAUGAACACAGUGUUGUAUAUUUAUGUACAUGGUGGCGAGCUGUCGGAGCUCCGCGGAGACCUGGUCUUCAGCGAUUACAGACGCUCUCACAGCAAAUACUGAACAAGUUUGCCAAUUCUAUCUUUUAGGGUGUUUCCAUUUACGAGUCUCGGAUAUAUUCUCUAUCUCACAGCUGAAACGCACAAAGUGCUGGAUGUUAUUUGAAUAAAUUGGGAGAUUACAACCGUGUGCCGCUGGCUCCUUCGUCUGAAUGUCGGUUAGUUAGAGACCGGUUAAAACCGGUUCAAAGAGUCUGUACGUUGAGAUGUGAUCGCAGCAUGUACGAACUCAAGAGUUUCAGCGACGACUGACGUCAUCCCUUGUUAAGGUUACAGUAAAGAUUUAAGCCUUCA